CUCAAUUCAUGAAUUCAUUUUAAUACUUUGGAUAUCAGCCCCAGAGCAAUUUUUACGUAUUAAACGCUUUUAAAACAAACAAAUUAAAGCAAAAUUAGCCGACACUAACGAUCAAAAUUAACUGAAGAAUGGGUCUUAAAAGAUUCGUUUCCUCGAUAAUGCGCAAGUCCCCAAUCAAAGCGUCCGAACCCGGAAAAUUGGUCGCCGGUUGCCCAUCGGUGUUCAGCGAAGAUGGCACGUGGAGUGCCAAGUUUCAGCAUCAGAAGCCACUCCCACUGUCGAUUCCUAGCGAGGGGAUGUCCCAAGGACACAUCUACAAGCAACCGUCUUCCAGUCUUAAGGACACCAAUGACCCGACAGCCUUUAAGCUCUCGCGAAAACGUUCUUGGCUACUGAGACGCACGGUUCCCUCGUAGGACUCGUGGUCGGAACUCAAGGAAACCAAAAUCCAGUAAUGUCAGUUUAGGUCCUCAGAUGUGUUUUCCAGUUGUCACACGCCAGCAUGCGAAGUGUAUUGUAUGCUAUUCCAAAAUCAAUAAAAAAUAUGUUUUAAAACUGGGAAA